AUGGGGCCCCCGGGCAAUAGGGGAUCAUGGGGCCCCUGUGUCCUUGGCCACACUCAAAGCACACCCAAUAAAACCUAUAAAAGGUACCAGGGGCAUCUCAUGGGGCCCCCUACUAACCCUGGGCCCUCGGGCAGUGCCCGAGUUUCCAAAUGGUCAGUCCGCCCCUAGUGAUAACAUAUCCACUGUGCUGAACAUAACUUGUACACAGAACAGAACUGUGGGAGGGACAUAGUAGCUCCACCCACUAGAGGCCUCCUCCUCCAAAAUUACAGGAAGGGCGCAGACAAGACCAGUAACCCUGUACUAGGAG